AUGAAGUGUCAGAGAGUCCUCACGUACCUGCGGAUAUUUGGGACCACCAUGUUCGGUGUGUCCCUCCUGGUGGGAAUCUCCACGGCCUACAUCAUGGGUUACCAGUUCUUCACCACAGCACACAAUCACCUAUCUUUCGGCCUAUAUGGCGCCAUCUUGGUGGUUCAUCUCAUCAUCCAGAGCCUCUUUGCGCUCCUAGAACACAGAAACAUGCGGCGGUCCUUAGAGACGCCCAUCAAACUCAAUAAGUCCUUGGCGUUGUGCAUUGCAGCGUACCAAGAGGACCCAAGCUACCUGAGGAAGUGCCUGGUGUCGGUGAAGAGACUGACGUACCCAGGGAUCAAAGUUGUCAUGGUGAUCGACGGGAACGCAGAAGAUGACUUGUACAUGAUGGAGAUUUUUAAAGAGAUCAUGGGAUGGGACAAAUCGGCCACAUACGUGUGGCGGAGUAACUUUCACAGCAGGGGGGCCGAGGAGACUGACGAAAGCUACGCUGAGAGCCUUCAGCAGAUCUCCAGGCUGGUGCUGAACAACAAGUGUGUGUGCAUCAUGCAGAAGUGGGGAGGCAAGAGAGAGGUCAUGUAUACAGCCUUCAAAGCACUGGGGAGGAGCAUCGACUAUGUGCAGGUGUGUGACUCUGACACUAUGUUGGACCCGGCAUCAUCAGUGGAGAUGGUGAAGGUUCUAGAAGAAGACCCUAUGGUGGGAGGUGUUGGAGGAGAUGUACAGAUCCUGAACAAAUACGAGUCAUGGAUCUCCUUCCUGAGCAGUGUGCGGUACUGGAUGGCCUUCAACAUUGAGCGGGCCUGCCAGUCCUACUUUGGUUGCGUGCAGUGCAUCAGUGGGCCUUUAGGAAUGUACCGGAACUCUCUUCUGCACGAGUUUGUUGAAGACUGGUACAAUCAGACUUUCAUGGGAUCCCAUUGCAGUUUUGGAGAUGAUCGCCAUCUCACGAACAGAGUUCUAAGCCUCGGGUAUGCAACCAAGUAUACUGCUCGAUCAAAGUGCCUCACCGAGACGCCGAUUACAUACCUGAGAUGGCUCAAUCAGCAAACUCGAUGGAGUAAGUCAUAUUUUAGAGAAUGGCUAUACAACUCCAUGUGGUUCCACAAACACCAUCUAUGGAUGACCUAUGAGGCUGUGAUCACAGGCUUCUUCCCGUUUUUCCUGAUCGCCACUGCAAUCCAACUGUUCUAUCAAGGAAGGCUUUGGAAUAUUCUAUUAUUUCUGCUCAUCGUGCAAGCAGUAGCGUUGAUCAAGGCUGCGUUUGCCAGCUGCCUCAGAGGUAACAUUGUCAUGGUGUUCAUGUCAUUCUACUCCGUACUGUACAUGUCAAGCCUGUUGCCAGCUAAGAUGUUCGCAAUAGCAACAAUCAACAAGUCUGGAUGGGGGACCUCUGGCAGAAAAACAGUAGUGGUGAACUUCAUUGGUCUGAUUCCUAUAUCAGUUUGGUUCACCAUCCUCUUCAUUGGGAUUAUCUACACAGUAAUCCUGCAGUCUAGAAAACCCUUUCCUGAUUCAGAAAAGAUUGUUCUGGUCAUCGGGGCAGUCGUCUAUGCUAGUUACUGGGUAAUGUUGUUGACGUUGUAUACAGUGCUCAUAAAUAAGUGUGGGAAGAGGAAGAAGGAACCCCACUAUGAUAUGGUGCUGGAUGUAUGACUUACUUACAGUCAUCACUUACCACUGAACAUUGUUUUUUUGGCACUCACACUAUGUUGUUUUACAAAUGUUUUUUAGAUGCAGAGCAGCUCUGGAGGAAAAAUUGGUUGAGUUCAACCAUAAUGGACAAACAGGGUUUUUUACUUGAAAGGAAGAAGAACAUGUAAAUGACAGUGGCUGCUUUUUCUUUCUGUUCAUUCAUGACGAUUGUCCUUCAUUAUUUUGGGAAAGCAUGCUAGUUAAUUAGCUUGACAAUAAUCUUAUAUAUAACUAGCUAAAGAUCAGCUACUGUAAACUUACUAGGUAAACUUGACCACUCAGUAUGGCAUUGUUAAAUAAAUUGCAGUUGGCUGCAAAAGUGCUAGGCUUUGUAACGUUAGCUACCUCUUACCCAUGUAAUUUUCAAAGGGCUUCAGUCUAACAUUUGCAACUCAGCCAAAGAAACUGCAUUUUUUAAAUCCAUCCAUUGGGGUUUAACUUGACCAGAAAUAAUAUUUUCCCUCCAGAGCAUCAUUAUGUCUCUACAAAAUGUUUGUACAUCCUAACUAGAAACUAAUCUACAUCACACCACGCCCAAUGGAAGGGCGAUAACUGGAUGGUCUGUGUACAUCUCAUGAAUAGGUGAGGUUACCGAUUCAACCAUUUAAAACAUAUCCAUAAAUCAUCACAACGCAUCUGUUGAAAGAUUGAA